CACAAAGAGAGAGAGAGAGAUGGAAAGAGAGAGAAAAUGGCCUUACAGUGGCUUAUAUUAACGUACGUGGUGGCGGCUGAGGCAGCAGCGGCACUUCUGCUGACCGUUCCGGCACCAAAUGUCUUGAAAUCUCGCAUCGUCUCCCUCAUAUCGCUUAUCAUCCAACCCGCCAUAGGCAUCGUUCCUUUCGCCGCCUUCCAGCUCUUAGACAUCUACUGGAAGAGCGAGCACCGUUUAAUGUGCACUUCAGAGGCUUGCACUGCCACAGAGAGGGACCGAUUCGAAAAAGCUGUAUACAAAUCGCAAAAGAAUGUUAUUCUGUGUGCAUCUGCAUGCCUUCUUUAUUGGUGUGUGUACCGCAUGUGUAAAUACUACAAGGAACUUCAGAAAUUGGAGGAAGUUGUGAAGAAAUACAAGGAACAGUAGUUGGCUGUAAGAUGUGUUUUUUUUUUUAAAAAAAAAACUGAAUCCUCAGAGAUAGUCUUGUACUCUAGUUAUUACCACUUUGUAGACGCUUAUGUGGAGAUCACUAUGAUGUCAUUACGCUUAUCUUUUUCUGUAAUAGAUUCAGUUUGAGUUUGUAUCACCAAUGGAUGGGUCUUACUUCAAUGUUUCCAUUGCUACAAGUUUCAUUUCUUCUUUGAUAUAAAUCUAUACAAACGUAAUUGAAUGUAGCAAAGGAUAGCAAUUUCUCAUUUG